CCAGAAUUUUCAGGAUUUGUCACCUGAGCUCUCUUAUUUCGCUUGCCAGUUCCAAGCUAUACACGUGGGAAAAAUGUUGUGAUUUCAGCUAUCGCACCUGUAGAAAUCGAAAGUAAAACUCCUGACUUACAGAAACGAGGGGAAAAUUUUCGAGUGUUUUGGUCCUGUAACCGUGACAAUAGCCUGUGAUAGGCGGGGCGUUAUGGCCAAGCUUCCAUUGGACGUGGAGAGUUCGUGUGAGGAAAGUUUUGGCGUGUUUUCUCCAUUCGAGGACGAUGAAUUCGAAGGCUCGCGGACGAGCUUUUGGGGAGAGUCGAAUGGAGGUGGAGGACGAAACGGCUGGGACAACGUUCAGACAUUGCCUUCUUCUCCGUUUGGCGGGCUCGGAGGCGAUUUUGAUAUGGAACUGGAAUUUUUUCGAAAUGAUGUAAACGAGGACUGCAAAGUUGCUGGGCCUACUUUAGCCGAACUAAACGAUCACCGCUCACUGUCUCCUUUGAUUAAUCCCGAAAUGGAGCGUCUUCAUCGCAUUGCCACUCGCAUGGAAGGCGAUUCUUCCCCUUGGGAUUGCACAACUCGGAAGCCACAGGGCUACAUCGCUUUAGAGCUCACGUCGGACAAGGAUGAAAGAAGGGUUGCUCAAGUUAAACAAGAACCUGUUCUUCUAUUUUAUGAACAUAAUGACAGAUUUGAAAAAUCGUCUUUAGUUUCUAAAGAUGCGGAGAAGAAACGUCCGAGCAAACCAACAUGGACUACGACCCAAGAGACAGCUUCUCCACAUUGCAAUAAUGAGGGUGAGAAAUCAGUGUCCGCGGACGAUCAAAACUCAUCACAGAAAGUUGUAUUGCUUGAUAAACAGUUGGGCAGUGAAGUAAAUAAUCAAAUGCCUAAGUUAGUUUCAGCGGAAAUGAAAGCUCAAUUAUAUUCAGAGGGAACGAAUCUGCGCGAGGAUGUGAGAAUUGUAGCCGAUCGGGACACGAUUGAAGCUGAUCCGGGCAGUCCUGCUGUAGAAUACGAUUCCGCGGAUGAAGACAUGGAUAGUGAUGAAGAUUUUGAUGUAGAGAACCACUCGCAUGGUACAGGAUUAGCCAGAAAUCGGAAAGGUCGUAGGGGAGACCAAGAUGACCUUUCUCCGAAUCCAAAAAAGUUGCUAGAAAUCAGCCGAGAGCUGGAUCGCUUAAACAAAGUUAUAGGUGACUUAAAGCCGAUACAUCAGUUGCCACAGAACGCUCGAAACAAGUCAAGAAAGGAGAAGAACAAGUUGGCAUCAAGGGCUUGCAGAUUGAAGAAGAAAGCUCAGCAUGAAGCAAAUAAAGUUAAGCUGCAGGGUCUGGAAAUGGAACAACAGCGCCUGACGGAUGUCAUUGACAAGGUGAAGAAAGAAAUCAUAGUAAAAGGCAAUUCCCCGCCUUUGGAUCCAAAGCCAAACUUGAGCGUACAGAUUGAAACUCUUAUCAAGGGCACAUUUGGGAACCAAGUAAUUGCUGGUCAUACUUCAGAUUUUGUGUAUUCAGUUCUGAAAGCCACAGCAAGGGAGAACCCAUCACUUGGAAAACUGGAGGACCUUUCCCUGUGUUUCUAAACUGAUCUGGGGAUUGGGAAUUAGAGAUGCAUGGAUACUUGAUCCAGGGGUGCAUGGUGAACUGUCUGUUGUUAAUUAGUAGUUAUAGUUGUGUUUUGUUAAGCUUGAAUGGUAUUUACAUUGAUGAGUUACUUCGUAACAGCUUAAAUCAAAUAUUAGGACUCAGUCGUGUUACCUUGAUCAGCAGCUUAUAAUAACACAUACAUGUACUUUCUCUUGUGGUUAAGAAUGCCUUCAUUAUCUUUAGAUGCUCUAAAAUCCAGAAAUGCCUUGAUUUGCAUCCUAUUCUGGUUUUUUCUGUGAAGAGAUAGUGUAAUGUUCGUACAGACACUUCUGCAUUCCACAUUGUCUGUAAUGUGUACUGCAUUGAUUGCUGUAUCGGCUUCCUGCUUCUUUUAUUCACUAGCUUUCCUUUUUGGCCAUUGUGUUAAUGGUGUCUUACUGAUGGCAGAGGACACCUUCUUGUGACAAUUUUCAUUCAAAGUCUUGAAAACUUAAUAAUCAGGAAUGGCUUUGAUACUGACAAAGUAGUAAGCUUUAUCAAGAAAGCGUUCUUUUCACUCUUUACGUGUAAAAUAUAAAACAAAGUGAUGAUUUUUUUGUGAACAAGCACCAGGCAUGCAACACAUGUUUGGUGUGAUGUUUAGAAUCUAUCCAUAUGGUCAAGGUAAACACUCUAGAAACUUAUUAAAAAGUUUCUGUUGUAUAAUCAAAGUAUGGGAAAAGAGAAAAGUGCUUGUUUUUUUGAGUACAUACAAAUGAUUGAAAUAUGUUUUGGGAUUCAGAUAUUAGCUUACUGGUUUAUUUGCAUUAAUUUUUUAGUGCAGAGGAUAGAUCAUUGUUUUGAUUGGUGGAAAAUGCUUGUUGAGUGCUUUAUCAUGUAC